GUCGUAAAAAGGAUGCGUUUUUGAAUACGGCAACGUGGCCUUAGAAACACGAAGAUGGCAACCUCAGUGAUUUGCAAAGAGACAGUAUCCAGGGUGAGUUCAGUUCUGAACAGGGACGUCAAACAAUUUGGAAAGCAUUAUAUGUUUGACUGUAAUGAAGAGACGUGUUGGAAUUCUGACCAGGGCGAUCUUCAGUGGGUGCUUCUGGACUUUCCAAAGCCAGUCAAAAUAUCCACAGUGAAUGUGCAGUUUCAGGGUGGGUUUGCAGGGAAAACAUGUCGAUUGGAAGGUAGUCUAAAAGAUGAAGCAUUUGCAAACCUUACAGUUUUUUACCCUGAGGAUAACAACAAUGUCCAGAGCUUUCCCAUUGGAGAAACCCCCUCAGUGCAGAGGUUAAAAAUAGUGUUUGAGAACAGUACAGACUUUUUUGGAAGAAUAAUUGUUUACUCCUUGGAUGUGCUGGGAGAACGGACCUGAUAACCGUUUCCGUGAGAUGAGAAUAGAGCGAAGGGCACGGGACCUGUUUGCACUGGAACGCAGGAGCGGGAGAAUCUCAAGACUGCUGAUAUAAAAGUAACCGGAUGUAAGAUUAGCUGCAUGGUUUUGCUGAAAGAGAAAUUUUGAGUAUUGACUGACUAGAGAACAUGCUCACUUAUACUGAACAUCAAAUUACACGUCUCAGUAUGUGCCUUGGUUCCUUUGUAUGGAUGUAUGGUGUUUUGGAUAUUUGAUUUUUGUAUGUAAUAAUAAUAAAAAAACAACCUGAAAAAAC